AUGGCCAAUCUUAAUGAUGAUAUCAAAGCGGCGCCAAGCUAUGAUGAAGGAGCUCGACCUGAAUUAGCCAAGGCCGAAGCAGAGGAAGUAAAUGAGGUGUUCAGGACAGGCGAAGGUCAAGUAGAUUUUCGCACUGUGAGCUGGAUCCGUGCCGGGAUCAUCUUUCUCAAGAUCAUCUUUGCUACCGGGGUCCUAUCGAUCCCCUCGUUAAUGUAUGAGUUGGGGGCUUUCCCAGGUGCGGUCAAUGUAGUAGGAUGGACAGUUCUCAAUACAUACUGCGCGAUCAUACAAGGAAACUUUCGCAACCGCCACCCUGGCUGCCACUCAAUCGCUGAUAUGAGUCAUGUUGUGGGAGGACCGAUAUUGAAAGAGAUUGUCGGGAUGCUCUUCACUGUAAGCUAUGUGAUUGUGGCUGCAUCCGGAAUCAUCGGCGUGUCGACGGCAUUAAACGCACUGUCGGGACAUGCCAUAUGCACAGUCUGGUUUACUUUUAUCGCAACCGUCAUCAUCGCUGGAUUUGCGAGCGUGCGAAAGUUCUCGCACAUCGGAUGGUUGACCUGGGUGGGAUUUGCAAGCGUGUAUAUUGCCGUGUUCAUUAUUGUAGUAGGUGUUACCACUCGAGAUCGCCCUGCAGCAGCCCCAUCCACCGGCGAGUAUGAUUUUGGAUACCGAGUGAUUGGAAAUCCUAGCUUCACUACGGGAAUCACCGCUGCCGCGACCAUCUUCGUCUCUAGCGCCGCCACCUCGGCGUUCCUGCCUGUCAUUUCUGAGAUGCGCAAGCCCCGAGACUAUCCCAAGGCUGUGUAUCUGAGCAUGAGUCUCGUGACUGCUUCCUACCUUACUUUCAGCCUAGUUAUAUAUGCCUGGUGCGGACAGUGGAUCGCAUCACCAUCGCUGGGCAGUGCCGGACCCACCGUAAAGCGUGUCGCAUAUGGGAUUGCAUUGCCCGGAUUGAUCGUCAGUGGCUGUCUCUAUGUCCAUGUUGCAGCCAAGUAUCUUUUUGUCCGAAUCCUGCGCAAUUCUCGUCACCUGCAGACCAACACUGUGAUCCACUGGGGCACUUGGCUGAGCUGUACCGUGGGCAUGGCUGCGAUCUCGUUUCUCUUGGCCUGUGCCAUUCCCAUCUUCAAUUACGUGUUGGCUCUCGUCGGUGCGCUAUGUUUUGCACCGCUGGCCCUCUGUCUCCCUGGCUGGCUCUGGCUGUAUAGUUACCGCGACUAUUGCCGGGGCAGUCUGCUUCAAAGGACAGCUUACGCGGCGCAUGUCGUGCUGAUCUUACUGGGGGCGUUCUUGACCGUAGGUGGAACCUACGGGGUCAUUGUGCAAAUCAAUCAGGCCUACGCCGAUGGUUCCAUCUCAUCUGCGUUUUCGUGCGCUGACAACAGCGGAUCAACGGGGUGA